AUGGAUUUGGAACAUUGCCGCGUAGAGAGAAAGAACGCCUGGAUGUUCAUCGAACGUAAAAAAAAAAAACCGAACCUCUCCAUCAGUUAUCCGAACUUGAACGAAAUUGAGGAUAAUUUCGGAAAGAAAUGCGGAACAUUGCAACGAAAGGAUGCUAUCCGCAAGAAGCGACCUGCUUUACAACAUGACGACAUCGACCGGAUUGUGCCGCCCGUUUAUGAUCCUGACGCUGAAAAUCGCCCUCACCAUCUCCCAGCGGGACGAGUGGGUCAAUCUGGGCGACGUAGCGAAGGCACACAUGAAGACUCAAGUAAAAUGAAGAAAUGGUUCUCGAAGUUUCAUGUGUUCCGCCGUGGUAACCAUUCAAUCGAUUCUGAUGAGGGAUCGCCAUCCGCUCGUUUGUCACCUGUGCCGACCAAUCCCUUGGCCCCACCUCAUCAAGGAAGAGCCACUCCAAGCAACUAUGAGCACUUAUCCCCUCGUCAUCGAUCUUCAGCUUCUGGUACAGAUGAUUAUACAAAACUGGUGUCCCCUUCAAAAGUGGGACGGAAUACGCCGACUGAUAGAACGAACAAGCGUCACGACAUUCAAUACACACAACAAACAACAAGAUACGUCAAACCCUCGAUGCUUCAACAAAGUGGUUCGGAAGGACUAGGAGUCGGAAUGUUGCACGAUCAAUCCGGACGUUCUCCCAGACGAGAAAUCGGCAUUGAUGAUGUGAUUCCCACUACACCGGAGAGCACUUAUUGUCCGCCACCUAUUCCUCUGAAGCACCAUCAUCGUCGCACUCCAUCGGACGAGAAGGGCAUUUCUCGACAAAACGCGUUUCAUAAUGGGCAUGCUCCACGAUCGCCACUUCAUGUUCCGUCACAGCCGAAUCUCCAUAUGGCUAUUCCUCCAUCGACGUCCUCUUACGAAGAACCAUAUAGUAUAUUAGACACUCGAAUUCCUGCCCCGUCUACUGAUCCCUACAUUGCUUGCCCUGCACCUCAUGUUGAAGUCGUCAACAAUGUGCCAUACUUAACGAUGACACCGAAGAAUAGCGUCGCCUCCUCCGGUAACGUCAUCGCCCCUCCCCAUUCUGGUGCUACUGUACAAAAUGAUCACUAUAUCCACUGCCCUCGCAAACCGGAACGGCCCAUAACUCUUAACCUUACGAAUGCCAAUACACCGGAGAGCAGUGGAAUAAGUACGGGCGGCAGUUCGGCGUUCUCCAGUUUAUCUCUCGCGGACGCUGUGCCCAUGACUCACGCUCCACCUCCCCCACGUCCACCGAUCAUUCCACCAAGAGACGGGUCCAUAGGAUUGUGA